AUGUCAGAUUUUAACUUAUUUUCAUCAAAAACUGAUAUAAAAAAAUUAUUAUUUACAACGGAAAAAUUUAAAUUUGAUGAACAAUGUUCAAAUGAUUCAUGGCAAGAUUUACCCGGUGUAACACCAACAUCAUUACUUGCAUCAUUUAUUGAUAAUCAAAAUAUUCAAACAUUAUCAUCAUCACCAUCAUUAUCCGAUAAUAGAAAUGAUUAUGGUUGGGAAACUCUUGAUGAUUAUUCAAUAAUACCAAAAUCUUAUGGUUUAAAUUAUGAACAAUUAUCAAAUAAACCAACAAGUCAUUGUCGACUUGAUCGACGUGGACAUUGGCUAUUAUUACCACCACCACCACCACCACCACCACCGCCGCCGCCGCCACCGCCACCGCCGCCACCAUUACUUCAUACAGAUACAAAUAAAAUUGUAACAUAUUAUGGCAAAAAAUGUUUACCAAGAAAUUCUAAUCAAGAACAAAUUGAACAAAAUUUUCCUGAUUCAUAUGAAAGUUUAGCUCUUUCAGUUGAUUUUGAUGUACCAGCAGAUGAAUUUGUUAUUGAUCAUGAUAAUAGAAUUCAAGAAAAUAUUCAACAAUGGAAAAAUAAAAUACAACAAUAUGAAAAUAAAACAUCGAAUGAUAUAUACAAAAAAUCGAGAUGUAUUAAACCUAAUCACGGUAAAGUAGCUAAUCAAUUUGACGAAGAAUUAGUUCAAGAACAAUUACGUUAUAACGGUAUACUUGAAAUAUCUUAUAUACGAAAUCAAGGUUGGCCUGUUCGUUUUACAUUUGAAGAAUUUUUAAAACGAUAUAAAUUUAUUUCUUAUCCAGAAAAUAGUCCAAUAAGAAUUAAUGCAAUAACAUGUGAAAAAAUUCUUAAACAAUUAUCGUUUACUGAUUAUGUUAUUGGAAAAUCUAAAAUCUUUUUAAAAUUAGAACAUUUAGAAAUUUUAAAUCAACAUUACGAACAGUAUAUAAAAAAUAUAAUAAUAUGUCAAAAAGUUAUUAAAGGUUUUCUUAUACGACGAAAUCUUUUACGUAAAGCUAAACAAAAUGCAAAUGAACGUCAUAUUUUUCUAAAUCAAAUACAUUCUAACGGAAAAAAAACACUGGAGAAACUUGUAUCAUUACCAAAAGUCUCUACUAAGAGCAUUCAACAAACAUCAUCAAAAACUGAUGAUAAUGGACGUUUAGGUCAUUUUAUAAAAAAACGAACAAAACAUCAUAAAAAAUCAACACAAUCACCUGUUAUUGUUGAUGAAACAAUUCCAAUGAAUGAACAAGAACAUAAUGAAAUGUUAAAAGUAGCAAAAAAAUUACAAUUACUUAACAAUGAUGAAAUAGAUGAAUUAGAUGGUAUUGAUCAUCGAAUAACAUCAAAUAAUGUAUCUGGAUCUAUGACAAAAACUUCUGAUGAUAUUAGAUCUUCUAUGGAAGGUUUAUCUGAACGUGAAAUACGUAUUCUUGUUCAAGAUGAAUUUACACCUGGAACAAUAACAACUAAUAAACAAGGACAACAUAAAAAAUUGCCUAUGGAAUCAAAUAUUGAAUCAGGUUCAGGAUUAGCAGAUACAACAACAAAUUUACAAAAUCCUUUAAAAGUUCAUGAUGGUACAAUUGCUGAAAUGGCAGCUAAAAUUCCUAUUGCACCAACAAUAGAUUUAACAAAUGCUGAACAAUUAAUAAGACAAACAAAAGUUGCUGCAACUAGUGGUGAUCUAUUUAUGACUGAUUGGGCAGUUGGACAAAAAGAAAAAAAAUAUUCGACUAAUGUUCGUUCGAAAUCUGAACCUCGAAAUAUUCUACUUAGUCUUCAUGAUGAAAAUAUGUUAUCAGAACAAAAACGUAGUAUAGUUAAAAAAAUUCUUAUGUUACAAAGACAAAAAUUUAAAGAUAAUCAAGCACGUAAAGCAUAUAAAAGUAAUGAAUUUGAACAUUCAACAUAUAGUUUUGGUCAUAUAAAUCAAUCAUCACAAAAUAAUAAUGAUGAACAAGCCUUAUUGAACAAUGAUAGUUUGGAUUGUUGGGAUGCACCACGUACAAUUGAUGUUCGUGAAGCAUAUGAAAAAACAGUUCAUUGUUAUCGAUUAUCAAUGAGAAUGUUAAAACUUGCUACUUAUAUUGUACUUAAUAUUGGUGUAUUAUUAACUGCACUUGUUAGUAAAGGAGCUUUAUUACUUAUGACAAACUCGGUGGCAAAAGUACAAGAGACACCGUAUCGAGAACGUUGGGUAUGGAUGUUAUUAGCAGCAGUAUGUGCUCCAUAUAUAUUUACAUUCUUUGAAAGUCUUGGUAAAUGUUUAUUUGGUAAUAAACCAUGGCCAACUGUAAAAAUCUUUACUGUCGUUUUUUUCAUCGAAACUUUACAUAGUUUUGGUAUAGCUAUAUUUGUUUUUCAUAUAUUACCUAAACUUGAUGCUGCAAGAAGUUUAUUAAUAAUGAAUGCUGUAUGUCUUGUACCUGCCUUUUUAAAAUUAUUUUUGACUAAAUCAAAUUCAUCAAUUGUUCGACGAAGUCUUUUAUUUCUUAUGGAUUUUUUUGCAUUUGCUAUGCAAUGUUCAUGUGUUGGUAUUGCAUUAGCAUCGAAAUUUUUAAAAAAUGAUGGACCAAUACAUAUACAAACAACAGUAUCAACAUUACUUUAUCCAGCUAGUACUACUACAAUACCAUUAUUAAAUCGACAUAAACGACAAGAUAAUUUAUUGACUGAUGGUUUUAAUUUAUUUACAUCAGAUAUUAAUAGAAAUAAUGAAAAUAUUUUAUUAACAACACCACUUAGUAAUAUUAGUUCAAUUGAUCAAAAUUUACAAACAAUUUUAGCUGGUUUUCAUAUCGAAUGGGAAUUACCUGUAGCACUUAUUCUUGUUUCAUUAGCUUGGUGGGAAAAUUUUGUUGAUCGUGAUAUAAAAAUUGGUGGUCGUACAAUAGUUCAUAUGAAAUUAUUAAAAGAAAAUAUUCUUGCAACACGUUCAAAAACAUCAAUAAUAAUAACAUGUUGGAAAAUAUUUGUAACAAUUUUAUUUGCUUAUAUAUUUCAUCAUGGUAUAUUUAAUACAUCUGUUAUUUUUCCAAUAAAUACUAAUAAUGAACAAAUAGAAGAUCCAUUACCAAAAUUAUCAUCAGGACAAAAUUCAUGGGCAGCAUUAGGUUUUGAUCAACAACCAACAGAAGGUAUAUUUCCAAUUUUACCACCACGUGAACGUCGUUCAAUUGAUAAUAUAUCAAUAUAUAUAAAACGAAUAAAACGACAAAUGGAUAAUGAUUUUUCAAAUAAUUUUCCUUCUGAUGAUGAAACAUUAUAUUCAACAAUAGGAGGAAAUAAUAUUGGAGGAAAUAAUAUUGAAGAAAUAAAUCCAAAAGAUCGUUGGAUAUUUUAUUUAACACCAAUGAUAUUAAAAAUUUUAUCCGAUGCAUUAUGUUUUUAUAUGGGUCGUUUAGCAUGUAAACUUUGUAUGCAACGUGUAUGUUUUGCAUUACCAAUAACAUUAGUUACACCAUUAGCAUUAACAAUAUUACUUGUUAUGUGUUCUAUUACACCAAAAUCAACUAUUUUUAUUGAAAAUUUUCUUUUUUGGAGUUGUUAUGCUGAUUAUGCUAAAGAAUCAUUUCGAUGGCAAGUUAUUUGUGGUCUUGUUUUAUGGUGGUUAUCAGAAUUAUGGAUUGGUGGACAUAUUUGGUUUGGAAAAAGUCAACGUUUAGCAUUUACUGAACGUUUAUUUGUUUCACCACGUUAUUGUGCAACAUUACUUGAACAAUCUUUAAUGAUGAAUCGACGACGAAAUGAACGUGAUGAAAUUUUAACUGGUACAUAUGAUGAAAUGGGUGCAACAACAACAAAUGGUGAAACAGAAUUUGAUGAACAAAGUAUUGAAGAAUUAUCAAUAGAAAAAAAAUUAACUGCUGAAGUUCAUACAAAAAUUUAUUCAUGUGCAACUAUGUGGCAUGAAACGGAAACAGAAAUGUUACAAUUAUUAAAAUCGAUUAUGAGAUUGGAUAGUGAUCAAUGUGCUCGACGAACAGCUCGAAAUUAUUUACAUCUUAAAGAUCUUGAUUAUUAUGAAUAUGAAGGUCAUAUAUUUUUCGAUGAUGCUAUGGAAGAAGAUGAUAACAAUGAACAAGUACCGAAUAAAUUUGUCCAACAAUUACUUGGUGUUGUUGAUCGAGCUGCAACAGCUAUUCAUCAAUGUCCAAUGAAAAUUCCUCCACCAUUUAAAACACCAACACCAUAUGGUGGACGUUUAACAUGGAUAUUACCAGGUGGAAAUUUUCUUAUAGCACAUAUAAAAGAUAAAACAAAAAUUCGACAUAAAAAACGAUGGAGUCAAGUUAUGUAUAUGUACUAUUUACUUGGUUAUCGUUUAUUUGGUGAUUUAAAUAUAAUUGAAAAAUUAUAUAAACGAAAACGAAAAAAAAAUUCAUCAAAAAGUAAAUCAAAAUUAUUUAAAGGUUUUGGAAAUUUAUUAAAUAAUAUGGAUAAUAAAAAACGAAUACAAAUGGAAAAUACAUAUCUAUUAGCACUUGAUGGUGAUGUCGAUUUUCGACCAGAAGCUGUACGUUUACUUGUUGAUCGAAUGAAAAAAAAUAAAAAAGUUGGUGCUGCUUGUGGUCGAAUUCAUCCAAUUGGCAGUGGUCCGGUUGUUUGGUAUCAAAAAUUCGAAUAUGCUAUUGGUCAUUGGCUUCAAAAAGCAGCUGAACAUAUUCUUGGUUGUGUAAUGUGUAGUCCAGGUUGUUUUAGUCUUUUUCGUGGUUCAGCAUUAAUGGAUGAUCAUGUUCUUCAUACAUAUUGUACGAAAUCAACUGAAGCUCGACAUUAUGUACAAUAUGAUCAAGGUGAAGAUCGUUGGUUAUGUACACUUUUAUUACAAGAAGGAUAUCGUGUUGAAUAUUGUGCUGCAUCAGAUGCAUUGACUUAUGCACCAGAAUCAUUUCAUGAAUUUUUUAAUCAACGUCGUCGUUGGGUUCCAUCAACUAUUGCAAAUAUUAUUGAUUUUCUUGCUGAAUAUAAACGAAUUGUACUUGUUAAUGAUAGUAUAUCAUAUUUAUAUAUUAUCUAUCAACUUUUACUUAUGGUUUCAACAGUACUUGGUCCAGCAACAGUACUUCUUAUGAUUAUUGGAGCAUUCAAUGCAUGUUUUGGUACAAGUCUUUGGCAAUCAAUGUAUAUGUCAGUUUUACCAGCAUUCUUUUAUCUGCUCUUAUGUUUUCAUACAACAACUGAUUUUCAAAUACGUGCAGCAGCUUUUCUUUCUGCUUUAUAUGCAAUAAUAAUGAUGUCAGUUGUUGUUGGUACAACAAUUCAAAUAGCUGAAGAUUCUUGGACAUCUCCAAAUGCUGUUUUUUUAAUGCUUUUAUUUUCAAUAUUUUUUAUUGCUGCUUGUAUGCAUCCACAAGAAUUUUGGUGUAUAGUACCAGGUUUACUUUAUUUUUUAUGUAUACCAAGUGGAUAUUUAUUUUUACUUAUUUAUUCACUUUGUAAUCUUAAUAUUGUAUCAUGGGGUACAAGAGAAGCACCAAAAAAAGUUAAAAAAAAUCAAAGUAAAGAAGAAAUUGAACGUGCUAAAAUACAAGAAUUAACACAAGCAAAACAAAAAUCAGCUGGAUUUUUAAAUCAAGUAUUUGCAAAUUUUAAUCUUAAAAAAUAUGAUGAACGUAUACGUUCUUAUGCACGAAAAUGGCUUGGUCUUGAAAGAUCAGGAUUAAAUGGUAUACUCUUACAACAAAUUUUAGGUGCUGUUGAACGAAUGGAAAAAAAUAAAUUUGAUGAAGAAAUGGAAGCUGUAGCCACUACAGGUUUAUAUCCUCCAACAAAUAGCCAUCAAGUUGACUCGGAAAUUGAUCCUAAAUAUGGUCUUAUGCAAUUAGCUGCUCGAGCCGGUUCACCACCAACAUCAAUGGCUCGUGCUAGUUAUCCUCAAUCAGAUCAACAACAACAAUUAAUUUAUCGUGGAAUAAAUAAUACACGAAGUACACCAUAUGGACAAGUUAUAUCAUAUAGCGGUGUAACACGUCCAUUUGAAGCUCCAGUUAUAAAACGAGACGAACUAGUUAAUCCUGCUUGGAUCUUUCAUGAAUCCUUACAUGAUUCUGAAGUUGUAAUGCUUGAUCCACGUGAAACAAAAUUUUUUCAAGAAUUAAUUGGAUGUUAUUUAUAUCCAUUAGUUGAAGAUAAAGAUCAUCAAAAACAAAUGGUUCGUGAUCUUAAAUCAUUACGUAAUAAUGGUUGUUUUAUAUUUUUUAUGAUAAAUACAUUAUGGCUUGUUAUUAUAUUUUCAUUUCAACUUGUAUCAGAACGUAUACGUGAUUAUGUAUUUAUACCAAUAAAACGUUUACAUAAUGAACCAUUACGUUUUGAACCACUUGGUUUAGCUUUUUUAAUUUUUUUUGCAACUAUUUUACUUAUACAAUUUGUAUCAAUGUUAUGGCAUCGUUAUGGAACAUUAUUACAUUUAUUAGCAUCAACUGAUUUAAAAAUUUGUCAACGAAAUAAUGGAAAAAAUAAUCGUCAUCAUCGACGUGGAGAUUUUACAACAGAUAAUGUUGAAGAUGCUGUUGAACAAGUUAAAGUUUUACAACAAUUAAAAGGUUUUGAUGAAGAAGAUUUACCUGAACCUGAUUAUGAUAAUGAUAAUGAUAAUAAUGAUCAAGAUAAUAAACAAGCAUCAGAACCUGAUUUAUCAACAACAGGACUUAUUUAUAAUGGUGGUAAUCGAUAUAUAAGAAAUUCUGCAAAUACAUCACAACAAUGGAGUGAUACAGCUAAAGUAAAUGAUAUGCAAAGAAAUUUAGAUACAACUGAUCAUAGUGAAAUAAGUCAAAUGUGUGGAUAUGCAUCAGGUUCAGUUAAAACAUAUGGAAGUAAUUAUGAAGCUAUAAAACGACGUCAAAUAUCAAAUAAACGUCAUUUAUAUAAUAAAUCACUUGAUCAUGUUUUUAAAUCACGUUAUCAAGCAUUAACACAAAAUAAAAAUCAACAACAACAACAACAACAACAACAACAUCAUCAACAACAAUCAAAUAAAAAUAUACGAAUUAAAUUAAGUGAUGUUUUUCAACAGCAACAACAACAAUUAGGUUUACCAAGAACUAGACGAACAUCAAAUGAAUUAACAGUACGAGAUAAUGUUACUACUGGAAAUAUUCAACAACCAACAGCAAUUACAAAAAAACAUCGAAGGAAAUCAAAAGAUCGACAUUUAGAACAUUUGUAG